AUGCAGAUCCUUAUGAGCAUCUCUAUACUUCUCCAUAAGUUGUCGAAGAAGGUGAAUGGCCUCAGUUGUUGAGCGACCAGGCAUAAAACCGAAUUGAUUUUCUGAAAUCUUCACAGUCCUUCGAAGUCUUUGCUCAAUCACUCGCUCCCAAAGUUUCAUGGUGUGACUCAUAAGCUUAAUCCCUCGAUAGUUGGCACAUUCUUGUACAUCACCUUUAUUCUUAAAUAAGGGGAUAAGAGUACUCUUCCUCCAACUCGUUGGCAUCUUGUUGUUUCUCCAAAUCAUGUUGAAGAAACUUGUUAACCACUCGACGCCUCUCUCUCCCAAACUUCUCCAAACCUCGAUCGGUAUGCCAUCUGGCCCCAUUGCUCUUUUCCGUCCCAUCUUCCUCAGAGCUUCUUUAACUUCCGUUGUUUGGAUCCUUCUCACAAAAUCACGGUUUACCAUACAAUCUGGUAUGAACAAAUCGCCGAUAUCUUGCGUUUUGUUCCCGUUGAAUAGUGUAUCAAAGUAUGACCUCCACCUUUCUUUUAUAUCUCUGUCGUCCAUUAAUAUCCUCUGAUCAACAUCUUUCACACAUUUAACUUUUGCAAUAUCAAACAAUUUUACCGUUACAAUGUUUCUCACUUUCUGUUAAAUAAAGAUAACCACUGAAUUGAUUUCUUGGAACUAAAGUCUGUGCUAUCGAGUAUCGACUACCGUCUUCCUAAAAAGAAAGUGUCCAAGUAACUCAAUUCCUAUCUGUAUCUUCCAUAUGCUGUAAGGAUCGCCAUUACAUGAGUGCAGAAAACCCAGCAAUGGCGUCUUCUAAACGAGAAUUCCAAAACCCGGAUGAAGUUGCUAGUAGUAAAAAACCCAAGCUGGAUUUUACCGCCACCAAUGUCCAGCCGUCUCUCACCGAUCCUCCUCCGCGGGUGACCCUGAAUCCGGCCGACUGUGAGAUAGAUUUUGACAUAGGACUCAAUGGACUCCAAGGCUCAGCACUUCAUGAAAAAGCGUUUGCUUAUUUUUGGUCUGGUGCUCGCGCGAAUGCAGGAAUAACUGGAGGGAAGUAUUGCUUUGGCUGCAAAAUCAUUUCAGAACAACGUGUAAGCAUGGUGCACAACACACAAGACCAACAACAUUUAUGUCGAGUUGGUGUUUCAAGGGUAGAUGAUCCUGUUGGAGACCUUGGAGAAAGCUUGCACAGUUUUUGUUUUGAAGCAACUGGAGAUAUUUAUAAUGCUGGAAAAGUUUCUUGCUUUGGUGAGAGCUUUGGAGUUCGUGACGAAAUAAUCUGCUGUCUUGACCUUGAAACUUCCAAUCAUGCAUCGAUUGGUUUCUUAAAGAAUAGGAGAUGGUUGAGACUUCCAAUACAUUUCGAGAUUCAUCCAAACUUGGGCUCCGCUUUUUUCCCUCAUAUUUUACUGAAAAAUGUUGUGGUUAGUUUACAGUUCAGUGUGGAGGAUGGAUUGGAUGUCAUUGAAGGGUAUAAGCCAUGGUCGUCUGCUAUAGAGGAUGGAAAGGCAUUGCCAGGCCCAACAUUUUCAAAUAUUCAUGGUUGUGAACUUAAAAUGCUGGUUGGUUUACCUGCUUCAGGCAAGAGUACUUGGGCAGAGAAAUUGGUUAAGGAGCAACCUGAGAAGCGUUAUAUUGUUAUUGGGACAAGUUUAAUCCACAAUAAGAUGAAGGUGCCUGGUCUGGCACGUGGGUAUAUUUACAAUGAGGUGCAUGUUACGAUCUGUAACACACUUUUACUCAGGGCUUCAAAUCUGCCCCGCAAUUUUAUACUUGACCGUAGGAAUUUGUAUAAGAUUGAUCGUAUGCAGAAACUGGAACCAUUCUCAAACUAUAAAAAGUCUGCGGUUGUGAUUUUUCCAAGACCUGAAGAGCUCAAAUUGCGUUUUGAUUUGAGAUUCAAACAAAUGGGGAUGAGAUUUCCUGAUGCAUUACAAGAGUUGUUAGUCAAUUUCUCUUUGCCAAUGAGCAAAGACAUGCCUUGUGCAGAUGAGUGCUUUGAUGAGGUUAUUUUUACAGAGAUGGGAAGGGAAGAGGCACAAAGGUAUUUGGAUUUAAUGAAAACAAGUGUUCCACGUCCUGGACCUGGAGGAGUAAUAUAUACUACACCAACAUUCCCAAGCACCCAGCCCUGUUUUCGGAACUCUUCUUUAUCUCAUGGGGUAUCACCAACAAAUCCUCCACCACACCUCUUGAGACCAAUGUACAUGAGCGCUGCUGCUGCAGCUCAAUAUGGCCGAAGAGUGUCAUUACCACAUGGAAAUUUCCCCAGCAGUAUGCAGCAGCAACCCACUGGACAAGAAGGUGUUGGAUAUGACUAUGGUUCAUCCUCCUCUACUCCCACAGUGCAACACAGAGGAAGAAAUGUACUAUACGGUCAUCCGUGUGUGCAGCCACCUGGUGGAGGAAAUGCACUGGACAAUUGGACAGACUUAGACUACCUCCUUUCAUGCACUCUUGAUGAACUGUUUUUCGAGAGACGCUCAGACGCCCCCGGAAUCAUAGCCUCGUUUCAGGAACUACUGAUGAACUGCUUCUGGGCAGGUUGACCAAUACUUACAAUAGGUAGAGCAUAAGAGAAAAAGGGAGAAAGUAAAUAGAAGGAAGUGAAUAUAUCUCAAUCCAGCUAUUCUUUUAAAAUCUUGCUCUUAUGAGUUCUGAAUGUUGACUUACUGGAAAUCUAACAAUUCAACUUGAUGUGAAUAUAUUUCAGUAUUCAUAAUUGGCCUCAACUUCUUACUAUU